AGUAGAAGUGUUUACAAUUUGAGUCAGCUGACUUCCUUUCACCUGACUGAUAUCAGCUUGUAAUAUGUUCCUGCAGCUAUUUAUGAUACAUAAAGGGCUUCCUUUAGUUACAUAUAAUCUGUACUGAGUUUCUGCCUUCUUCACUCUGACUGAAAUCCUUAAAUCAGCACGAUAUCCAGUUUAGAAGCUGCUACAUUAGCAGUUUGUUUAGCUAGCAACUGCUCUACAGAGACAAAUAUCAGGGUUUCAUUUCCAAAGCAACAUUCAGGAGGCUUUCUAAUGAUGGAGAAGAUUGCUAAAGAUGUUGGUGACAUCCAGUCCAGACUGUUGGACCACAGGCCUGUUAUCAGUGCAGAAGUUCGCUACUUUGUCAGAGAGUUUGAGGAGAAGCGAGGCCUGAGGGAGACUCGACUUUUGGAGAACCUGAAUAAAACGGUGCAGGAGACAAAUGAGCACAUGGUGCCCGCUAACUUACAGGAAAUGAGCCAGAAACUAUCUGACAUCAGUACGCGCUUGGAGGCUGCUAAUCACAUGGCAGACAGAGUCCAGCAGAGGGAGCUAGAGACCCAACAGAGCUCCCAGCUGCAGGCGAACAUGGAGAAAUUGAAAGAGGACUGGGCGGAGUUUCUGAAGGAGCAGCAGAGACUAAAGGAAGAGGUGGAUGAGGAGCAUGCUAAGGCUGUUGGAGAAAUCAGCACUCGCUUUAGUGAAAAGAAGAAGGACUUGGCACAACUUUCUCUCUGAUCGCUUUUCUAUUGUAUCAACACUUUGUUAAACAAAUGGCAAACAGUACAGCAAACUUGUUGUACUUAAAGCUGCCAGAAAAACAAGAGCUGGUGUUAAUGAGCAGAUGAUCAUAUUUGAACUGCUAUAUAUAUGACAUUUCAGCAAUAUGUGAAAUACAUCACUCUCUGUAAGACUUCUGAUGAUAGGUUGAGCUCAGGUUAACAGGAAGCUUAAAUUUAGACCCUUCUGAGCACAUAAAUAAUGUUACAUGAUUUCAGUUAAAAGUCUAUGUAGAGCUAAACUAUUUAUAGAUAUUUUCCCCCUGAUGCUGAAUUUAGUUGGACCUUCUGUGUGAGAGAACAGUCCUCAAUAAAAUGCUUUUUUUAUUGAAUUGUAAAA